UCUCAGGGGUUUGGAGAUGGGGAAGGCCAAUUCUCAGCAAGUCCUUGAUGAGGUGUGACCCUAGCUGGCCUGGUGCAGUCUGGGGGACCUUCUUUUCCUCCUAGAGGCCAUCAGCUCAUCCCUUCUGGGGAGUUGGCUGAGUCAGGUGUUUGCCGACAGUGACUUUGUUUUAAACCGAGCUCAGGGUUGCUACAGGAGUUCUCAGGAGACCUGGGCGGGAGGGUCUUUCUUCCAUCCCAGCUUCCCCAGACUUUCUACUUUUUUGCAGCCAGGCUCUGCUCCAGUCUCCCACCCUGGCUUGGCUGUGGGACACCCAGUUGGCAGCAAGCUCCCCUUAGUGGGCAGUUCAGUAACAUUUCCAUCCCUUUUUGGUGGUGUGAUUUCCCGGAGGGUAGGGGACUUGAUUUACUCAGGGUCAGAACAGGAGCCCUGGUGACUCAAAUCUAUGCUUUCCCCUUGGUCUGUAACUCUCCUUGAGCUCUGGGACCUGAGCAAAGGAAUGGGGGCAGGCCUUAAAGUCCUCCUGCCCUCCGUCUCCCUCCCCUGGGACCAAGGAGGCACUGGCCUGCUUGUCCAGCCCCAGGAGGCUCCCAAGGGGAUGAUGCACGAUGAAGGCUAUGAUCACUAAGGGUCUAGAGGCUGCUCAUUUGCCUCCUGUCCCAGUGGCCACCUGGGCCACCUAGCAGUAUUGACCUUUUUGGCCCAGGGACAGAAAGCCCAGGAGUGGGGAUGGCCCUUGUUUGUCCCGUGUCCCGCUCAGCGGGGGCAGCACCCUGCCAGCACCUGGGAUGUGGUCUGGAAGAUCUUUUCGGGAUUCUGAGGGAGGGCUAUCUCCUGACCUUUGCUAAGGGGGAGGGAGAGCCCUGGGGACAGGACUCCUGGGUUUGGCCGGUUGGGUGCGUGCGUGGUUGUGUGGGCCUUUGGGCCGAGAAGUAACAACCGACCCUGGGAUUCUGGGCCAUAGCUACACUGGAGGAGCCCUUUGUCUAGAAAGGGCCUGAGCGCUCCGACGCAGGGGGUGGGGUCGCACGGCGCCUGGGAUCCGCCCCUUGGGCCCCUCCCUGACGCGGCCGCCGCCCACCCGCCGGCCCCGGGCUCCCGCACAUCUGGCGGUCCCCAGCACUUCUGGGCAGCCGGCGUGAAGCAUGAACGGCUCGCAGGCGGACGUCACAGCCCGGGCCGCCUGGCUGAGCUCCUGUUGCAACCAGUCGGGGGUGCUGCCGGAGCCCCCCGAGGGGCCGCGCGCCGUGCAGGCGGCGGUGCUGGGCGUGCUGUCGCUGCUCGUGCUCUGCGGGCUCCUGUUCCUGGGCGCCGGCCUCCUGCUCCGCGCCCAGGGUCUGACGGCGCUGCUGGCCCGAGAGCUGCGCGCGUCCCGGGAGGGAGAGCCCGGCGGCGCCAGCGGAGGCGAGGAUGACUCCUAAGGCGAGCCCGGCUGCGCUCGGGGGUCGCGGCCUCCCGGUGGCCCGCAGACUCCACGCCCGACUUCGAGGGAGCGGCUCCCAGCGCCAGACGGCUGCAGCGGGAAGCCCUCCGGCGAUGCUGGCGCGCGCGCGCGCGCACACACAGAUUCCCGAGCCUUGCGUGGUCUGUCUCCCAGAGAGCUCUCAUUCCAGCGCACCGGCUGCACGGGGAACUCCUGCUACCUUUGAUGCAUGUGCGGUGCAGAUGACAGCCUGGGAGAAACCUGGACUGUGGUGAGACCUCAACUUGGGAUCCUUGCACUCAGCUGCUGCCUCUGAUCUGCUCCAUCCAACCUCCUGAAGUGCUCAUGGUGUGGGUCUGGGAGGUCAGCGCUCCAGGAAUGAAUGGGCCCCCGGGCAACUGCUGUGUGUCCUGGACACUGAAGAGGCUACACCCCCAGGAUGCUAAGUGCCCGCAGACGCUGACCAGCCCCCUGCCUGCUGGGCCCUGUCCCAUCUCUAAUGCAGUGUGGCCGUGGUCUGACAAGCCAGUGACUUGUCCCUGCUGAGGGCUGUGGGUCACUGUCCCCCAUUUGGAGGUCUUGGGUGCCCCAGCAAUGCCCCAUCACUGCCCUAUCUCUUCCUUUGGCUUGUUAUUAAAUAUGCUGGUAAUGCAAGUUUGGGGUAUACGGUCUAUGUUUCCAGCUCCUGACUCUUGGCAUUAGCGGUAACUCCCGGGCCCUGCUCCAGUUUGGACUGUUUCUGGCAGAUCCUGAAAUAGCAACCCCAGACAUGGCCCCUCUCCCCUGGUCUCUCCUCAGUGCUGGCUAUUCCCUUUCCACACCCAGAUCCAAAGCUUUCCAAGGGUGGGUAGGAGUGGGGCAGUGACUCUCACGCCAACAAUCGAUUGCCCCCCUGUGGCCAGUGUGGGCAAGAACACGUCUUCAUUCAGCUGACCUAUUGACGUCUGAUCAUAGUGUGGCCAGAGCUUGUGCCUCAAAAAAAGAGUGGAUUUUGUGAGCAUGUGCACUGAAUUCUACACUGUAAACCUUCAUGAACCUCAGUAUCUUCAUCCAUAAAAUGGA